AUGGAGGAGGAGGAGGAUGUGCUGAUGCAGGGGGAAGAAGAAGAGGAGGGGGAGGACCAGGCCAUAGGAAUGGAGCACGUGGUCAUGGACAAGAAAGCGGAAGAGGAUGACUUGGAUGAGGAGGAGGAGGAGGAGGAGGAGGAGGAGGAGGAGGAGGGCAAGGCCAAGUCCUCCUCCACCUCCAUGGCCAGGUCCCCCUUGCCCAGAUGCGAACUAACUGAGGAGCUGCCCCAGGACUCUGGGCCCAGCUCUGUCCUCUCCAGCUCCAUGGACCGCACGCUGCAGAACGACGCCCACGUUUCGCUCCAGCCCUUGGCACAGGGCAGAGAAAUGGCUGCAGCGGAGCCAGUUCAGGGGCCGGUGAGCUUCGAGGAGGUGGCUGUGUAUUUCACCGCGGGGCAGGGGGCUCUGCUGGACCCCGCUCAGAGAGCCCUCUACAGAGACGUCAUGCAGGAGAACUAUGAGAACGUGACCUCGCUGGGUGCUGGGAUGGUGAGUGAGGAGAAGAAGCAGAAUCCUCAGCAGGAAGAUUCUGAGCAAGUGGCACCACAUGGGGGAUUAUCGCACGGCUCCAGAGGGAAUGUGUCCCGGCAUCAUGCCGAGAGGGAGCAGAGAAACCAGCCAGCGGAGAAAGUGGGUAACUCCAUUAAUUGUCAGGGAACUCACCAGGACCUCCUGGAAACCACAGCCCAGCCGAGAAUACCCACAGGAGAGAGAAAAAACACAUGCACUGAGUGUGGAAAACAUUUCACUAACCACUCAGCCCUUUUAAAACAUCAGAGAAUCCACACAGGAGAGAGACCCCAUGAAUGCAGUGAGUGCGAGAAAACCUUCACUCUGAGCUCUACCCUUAGUAACCAUCAGAGGAUCCACACAGGAGAGAAACCCUACAAAUGCUGUGAGUGCGGGAAAAGCUUCACUGUCAACUCAGACCUUAUUGGACAUCAGAAUAUCCACAAGGGAAAGAUACCUCAUCAGUGCUCUGAGUGUGGAAAAACGUUCACACAGAGUUCAGCUCUUAUUACACAUCAGAGGAUCCACACUGGAGUGAGACCCUAUGAGUGCCAUGAAUGCGGGGAAAAAUUCAAUGUCAAGACAGCCCUCAAUACACAUCAGAGGAUCCACAUGGGAGAGCACCCCUAUGAGUGCUGUGAGUGUGGGAAACUGUUCUGUCAGAAAUCAACCCUAAUUACACAUCAGGCAAGGCAUACAGGAGAGAGACCCUAUCAGUGCUGUGAGAGCGGGAAGGGCUUCAGUGUGAGCUCGGACCUCAUUGUACAUCAGAGAAUUCACAUGGGAGAGAGACCUUAUAGAUGCUGUGAGUGCGGGAAAAGUUUCACCCGGGGCCCACCCCUUACAAGACAUCAGGGUGUUCACAGGACAGCGACGCAGCGUAGCAACGUUGUGUAG